AUGUCCCAGAGCCUGUUGGGGGAGGCUGGGGAGGAGGUGGAAAUUUUUGCUCCGGCUGUGGUGGAGGAUCCGGGUGUGGGUGGCUUCAGUGCUGGUGGCCUCAGUGGAGGCUCCAGGGACUUCGGUGGUAGUUCUGGAGGAGGCUUUGGUGGGUCUGGGGGCAGUGAUGGUGAUAUUCUGACUGCUAGCGAGAAGUCCAGCCAGGGCCUCAGUGCCCGGCUGGCCUCCUACUUGGAUAAGGUGCAGGCCCUAGAGGAUACCAACGCUGAUUUGGAGAAUAAGAUCCGGGAGUGGUACCACAAUAAUGCCGAGACCUUCCAAAAUGACUGCUCUUCCUACUAGGAUGAUGUUGAAGAUCUCAAGAACCAAAUUGUGAGCAUCAUGGUGGACAACAACAAAACUCUCCUGGACAUUGACAAUACGUGUGUGAUGCUGGAUAACUUCAGGAUGAAGUUUGAGAUGGGGCAGGAGCUGUGGCAAGCAGUGAAUUCUGACACCAAUGGUCUGUGCAGGCUACCGGAUGACCUGACCAUGCAGAAGUUUGAUUUGGAGAUGCAAUCUGAGAUUCUGUAGGAGGAACUGAUGAUGGUUCUCAAAAAAAACCCAUCACAGGGUAUGGAGAUGGACAAGCUGACUGGGCAGAACUCUGGGGAUGUCUGUGUGGAGAUGAACGCUGCUCCUGCCCAAGAUCUCACCAAGGUCCUCAAUGAAAUGCGACAGGAGUAUGAGCAGAUCAUUGCUAAGAACUGUAAGGACAUUGAGGAACAAUAUGAGACUCAGAUAACCCAGAUUGAGCAGGAGGUGCCAAUGAGUAGCCAUGAGAGGAAGUCUAACACUAAGGAGAUGCCCCAGGUCCAGCACAGUGCUCAUGAGUUGGAUGUGGAGCUUCAGUCUCAGCUCAGCGUGAAAUCUGCCCUGGAGAAGACAUUGGAAGAGACCAAGACUUGCUACUGUGGCCAACUGAAACUGAUCCAGGAGCAGAUGAGUAAAUUGGAGGCCCAGCUCACAGAGAUCUGGGCAGAGAUCAAGUGUCAGAACCAGGAGUACAGUCUUCUGCUCAGCAUCAAGACACAGCUGGAGCAGGAAAUUGAGAUCUACCGCAACCUCCUGGAGGGUGGCCAGGAGGACUUUGAGUCUUCUGGAGCUGGACUAUUUGGCUUUGGAAGUGGCAAAGGAAGUGGAGGAAGACAAAGUCGAGGAGGAAGUAGAUCUCAAUGUGGAAAUGGAGCCAGCCAUGGCAAAAGAUCCAGGCGAGGGAGAGGAGGUAACUAUGGUAAAGGAAGUGGUUCUGGAGGAGAAAAUGGUGGCAGUUAUGGUGAAGGAAGUGGAUCAGGAGGUCAAAGUGGAGGCAGCUAUGGGGGAGGAAGUGGGUCCAAAGGAGGAAGUGGAGGUGGGUAUGGGGGAGGACAUAGAUCUGGAGGAGGAAAUGGUGGCAGCUAUGCAGGAGGAAGUAGAAGGCAAUCCCAGCCGCAGUCCUCUUCCUCAGAAUCAGGUGACUGUGAUGAUACAUAA